ACACGGAAGGGAGAGAGAUGAAGACAUACACACCAAGCGAAAAAAGGAGGAAGUGAGAAUGUUAUAACAGCAUUGAGUGGAAGCCGCGUCUCUCAUUAACGCCAGUGCUGUGCUGGUGAAACUACCAAUAUUCAAAAGUCGAAGGCAUGAAGGAAGCUACAUUUUGGGCCGGCUUGAUCACGCUGGUCGUCCUCGCGAUCUCAUCGGCAGCAGCAGGCCACCGUUACGACUAUCGCGACUGCUAUUACAACGACCCUUACGACCGCAAAUGCAACUACUACCCACCCACAAGGUACCACUACCACGACCAUUUCUACCACAGCCACCCUACGUCAUACAAAUACCGAGGAUAUUCAUAUGUCUGCAAGUACCUGGCAUCCCAUCCUCACCUUCUGCGCAGAAUUCGCAAGAUGCUGAGCUUUUAUUUCUCAAACUGCUAUAACCCGUACUACGAGUAUUCGGACUUUCAUUACUGAAGCUGAAAGGUGACCAGGAUUUCAGGAUGAGGGGGAUUACCUCCGAUUUCAAGCCUGUGUUGAGAUUUUAUAUAGUGGCGUGGUGUUGUCUCGCUGUUGUUUUCAGUAUUAUGUUGUUUUUAUGGUUAUCAUAAUGUGCAUGUAGA